UCAGAGACUUACCGUGGUUUCGCAAAACUUGCAGCACCCAACUUUUACGGCGGCGUUGAUGGUGGCGAAGUCUGAAUUUGAUUUUUUUUCUUAACAGUUCUCUUUUGUUUUCCGCUGUACUUUGCUGCUGCACGCUUUCAUCUGAAGUUGGCUGGAAAAGGACGAAAAAGCGCAAAUUGUUUGCAUGAUCCCAGGAUGGAGUGGCGAGAACAGUCGACCCUCAGCUGCGAGGACGCCUUUCUGGAAGCGCAGAGAUGGGUAGAGGAGGUGACCAAGAAGCGCUUCGGGAGCAAAACCUUCCGCUCGGCGCUGGAGACCGGAGUCCUGCUGUGCGAUCUGAUCAACAGGCUCAAGCCGGGGAUUGUGAAGAGGGUCAACAGGUUGUCCACUCCCAUCGCUGGCUUGGACAACGUCAACGUCUUCCUGAAGGCCUGUGGGAAGCUGGGAUUAAAAGAAGCGCAGCUCUUCCACCCGGGAGACCUGCAGGACCUGUCCUCUCGCGUAACCGUCAAACCAGAAGAAACCAACAGGAGACUGAAGAAUGUUUUAAUAACCAUCUACUGGCUCGGUAGAAAGGCACAGGCUGACCCCAUCUAUAAUGGACCUUACCUAAACCUGCGAGCAUUCGAAGGGUUACUCGGUCUCGCGCUUUCCAAGGCUCUCGAGGAUUCGGCCGUCCCCAGGGUGAACGUGAGAGACAGCGGCUUCAGCGACAGCUGGUACACAGACAAAGAGGAGCCCUAUCCACUGCAGCCCAGCCACAGGAGAGAGGACUCGCUGGACAGCUUAGACUCUGUGGAGUCAAGGACACUGAGCAUCUGUUCGGACAGGACUCUGCAAGGCAGCAGCGAAGGUUGCGGGAGUGACGCGGAGGCGGAUCUGGGACUCAGGAUGUCGGAGAGCAAGGACAGCCUGCACUACCGGCGCUCCCUGGUGGUGGAGCCCAAGGCGGCGGCGCAGUUCAACCAGUUCCUCCCCACCAAGGACAAGCCCUCGUCGGGCUACGUGCCCGCGCCCCUGCGCAAGAAACGGGCCGAGCGCAUGGAGGACAACCGCCGCAGCUGGGCCAGCCCCAUGUACACCGAGGACGACGGCACCUUCACCAGCGGCGACGGGCCGGCCCCGGACCCCGCCCCUCAGAACGGCGUUCCCCGCGGGCCCUCGCCGCGCGGGUUCGAGAGCGGCAGCGACUCGGACGCGGACCGGCCCGACCCGGACCUGGUGCUGGACGACCUCGCCGGCCGCCGCUUCAGGAGCCCCUCCCCCGCCGCCCCGCCCAACUUCGCCGUGCCCCUGAGCCCGCUGGAGGCGGCACGCGUCCCAGCAUGCACCUGUUCGCUGGCGGCUGUCGCUAACGAUCCGCUUCCCGCCGCGGCGGCCCCCCUCAGCGGCGUGACUCCGCCCCGGGCGCCGGAGGGGCGGGGCCUCCCGGGGGGAGAGGCGGGGUGCGAGGACUCGGACUCCGACUCGGAGGCGGGGUACGCUGACCCGGUUCAGGACGACCUUUACCUGCGCAAGGUGGGGGCCACCCUCCAGCCCUCCGCCGGCGAGCUGUACGAGGCCUUCCUGCCCCGGCUCUGGACCCCCGACGAGGACCUGCACCUGCAGAACGCGCGCGUCGGAUCCCGCCGUAGACCCUGGUACCGCAAGAUCCAGGGCUUCAGCCAAUCGGCAUCAGCCUCAUCGUCCGAGGACUCAGACUGUGACAUCAUCAGUCCCUGGCUCGUGCCUUGCUCCCGCCCCCCGCUCCUGUCUGACCCGCCCCUUACCCCCCCACACGCUCCUGAAGGCUCUGCCCACCCACAGCCCCCCGGGGGUCAAAGCUCCCUCACCCCCCCGCACACCGCCUCCCCUCCCUUCACGGUCCUCCCGCACUCCAAACGCUCCCGUAAGUUCGACCCGUCGGCGGUCCCGCGGCUGGUCCGGGGCCCGGGGCAGGCCCCGCCGCGGCCCCAGGACGCCCUCCCCGACCUGGAGAACGACGACAUGUUCGCCCGCCGCACCGGCGCCUUCCACAGCUGCCCGGACCUGGGCGAAUUUGCCGAUUCGGGCGGCGGGACGGUGCCCGUGUCGUACGGCGCGGCCCAGGGGUACUCCAUCGUCACGCAGCCCCGCCGGGGCCAGCCCGUGACCCCCGACGUCCGGCGGGACGACGUGCUCUUCCGGAAAAUCAACCCCCGCCGGGCGGACCGGCCCGUCUCCGGGGGGCCGGACACCUACACCCCCGUGCCCCUCCCCGAACCGUCCGCCCUGCCCCCCAAACUCCAGGCCCGCCUGCUCUGCCCGCCCUGCCCCCCCUCACCCGACGAGGAGGCGGCCGACGAAUCGGCCAAUCCGGUGACGGAUGACAUGUCGCGACGGCGGCUGGGGGCGGGGCUUCCCAAGGGCGCGGCCCCACCGCCCGGCCCCAGCGUGCCCGCGUCCUGCAGCGAGGACGACCUGCAGAAGUGGCAGUCCAUCCGCGAGGCCAGCCGCCUGAAGCACAAGAAGAGGCUGAUGGUGGAGAGACUGCUGCAGAAGCGAUACGGUUCUGACGGGAGCAAGUCCAUGAGCGACAUUCCCAUGGACCCGGAGGUCUUGAAGCAGGUGCGUUACGAGGAGCUGCAGAAGAUUCGGGAGAAGUCCAAGGAGAACGAGGACCAGUGGCAGGAUGACCUGAGCAAGUGGAAGAAUCGACGGCGCAGCGUGAACUCCAGCAUCGUGAAGAAGAAGGAGGAGCGCGAGCAGAUCGAGCAGGUCACCAGCAGGGCCGGCAGCCCCCGCAGAUCCAGGACCUACAAGGAGAUGCAGGAGGACAGAGAGAGCAGAGGCCUCUCCUCUCCCACACACAGCCGGCGCUCCCUCUCCUCCAGUCAGGACAUCCCACCAGAGCCUGCCCCCCGACGGCCCCUGGACCGCAGCCGCACCGCGGACAGCCUGUACCCGUCCCGCAGCAGGGCUCCCCCCAGCCCGGAGCCUGAGCGCACUCCCGCCCCGAGACCCGCGCGGUCUCCGUCUCCCGCCAAACCCGCCGCCGCCCGGGCCAGUCCGGUCAGAGCCCCGGAGCCGGAGGAGAGCGACGACACUCCCGAAACCUGGACCGACCCCACGCCCAUCCUCGCCCCCGCCCCUGCUCCCGCCCCCGCCGUAAACUCCACCAAACCCACCAGCUUCACUUCCGCGAUACCUGAUCCCGAUCCCGCCGUGUCCGCCAACCUCAUCUCCCUCGCGGCCGCCAAGACCGAGGAGAGCCGGACCCCGCCCGCUGCCAAAGCCCCCAACACCCGGUUCCCCUUCCUCAGCCGACCGGCGGACGAGCCGGCUGCCGGCUCCUUCUACAAGCGCGCCUCCGCGGAGAUAAAGCCGGUGGUGGCCCCGGUCUCCGUGUCGGCCUCGCUCCCCCGGAGCUACCAGAAGCCCGCCGGCUCGCGCCUGUCCUCCGUAGUCACGCCCCGGCCCUUCGGCACCCAGGCCACGCGCAUCGCCUCGCUUCCCCGGGCGUUUGCGACGGACGACUCGCACAAGCGCUUAAACGGAGAGACGGCCUCACAGAAACCCACCGCCCCGAGCCGCUACAGCCAGUUCAUGACCGAGGAGGAGGCUCGCGCCCCGCCCAGCGAGGAGGAGGAGGACGACGACGACGAUGAGGAAGAGGAGGAGGAGGAAGAGGAAGAGGCACAGCCGGGCAAAGCCCCUGCACCCGUGUGCAGCACUGACGGCCCAAAGCCCAAACCAGAGUCGGCCCUCGACAGCGCUCCUAAAGACGAUGAUGCGCAGGAGGUGUUCUGCGACAUGAGGAUCAGCCUGAACCAAAAACCCAACAGCGGGAGAGACUUCGGCUUCCAGACCGACUGGGACUCCACCGGGGCCUUCAUCAAGUCCAUUCAGGAAGGGAGCCCGGCGGAGCUGUGCCAGCUGCAGGCGGGGGACGCGGUGUUGGCGGUGAGCGGGCAGAAGGUGUCGGACAUGAGCUACGCGGAGUGGAAGGCCAGCCUGGAGGCCGCGCUGCAGAAGGGCUGCCUCAUCAUGGACAUCCGCCGCCACGGCCGGAACACCUGGGACCAAGACCAACCUUCCCUCCCGUACAAAAGCCAUAAGACCAUCAAUCUGACCUCUAUGGAUCCAACGCUUGUAGGUUCGCCCGACAAGUGCAUCAACACCUGCCGCGAGUUCGCCCGCCAGCCCUCCGCGGAGUUCAACGCGAAAACGCCGCAGGAGUCCCGCGAACAGCCCGUCAACGACGUGGCAUCUAAAGACAUGAAUGGCGGUUUCCGUGACGACCCUGUGAUCAUGCGGAACAAAGGCUCUGAGCCCAUUUCUUUGAAAAACUUAAAAAGGAGAUCAGAGUUUUUUGAGCAGCAAGGGGGAGCUGAAUCUGCCCUAUCAGAUUUACAGGUGCCCCCCGUCAGCACCUCCUCCAACCGCUGGUCCUGGGACCUGGAUGAGGAGCGCAGGAGGCAGGAGAAGUGGCAGAAGGAUCAGGAGCGCCAACUGCAGGAGAAAUACAGGAAGGACCAGGAGAAGCUGGAUGAGGAAUGGCGUCUGGCACAGGAGGAGGCCAUGAAGCCCGUAAAACAGGAGGCAGUGGAGACGGAAACCAGGAAUCUCAGUCCUUACCCUGCAGGGGACGAACCCUCCCACCGGGAGGAAGAGGAGGAGGAGGAGGAGGAGGAGGAAGAAGAGGAGGAGGAGGAGGAAGAUGAGGAGGAGGAGCUGAAUGAGAGGAAGAGGAAGGAGACAGAGGAACAGCUCCAGCGUGAGGAAGAGGAACGACUGAGGAGAGAGGAAGAGCUGCGGUUGGAGAGGAAGAGGGAGGAGGAAGAGGAGGAGAGACGCAGGGUCGAGGAAGAGGAGGAGAAACGACGGGAGGAGGAGCUGAAGGAGAGGAGGAGGAGGGAGUUUGAGGAACAGUUCCGGCGUGAGGAGGAGGAGCGUCUCAGGAGGGAGGAACAGCUGAAGCUCCAGAGGAAGAGGGAGGAAGAGGAGGAGAGACGCAGGGUCGAGGAAGAGGAGGAGAGGAGGAGGUGCCAGAGGGCUGAGGAGGAGCGUCGCCGUGCGGAGGCGCGCAGGGAGCAGGAGAGGAUCCAGGAGCAGUGGGCGGGGGUAGAGUCCUAUGGGUUUGCCAGAAUUUAUCCAGAGAUCUCUCACUCUGACAGGGCCAAAUCUAAAUCCACUCCCGAGCUGGAUGAAGUUCCCAAAGACGAUGUCAGAGGUGUAUCCGGCAGGCAGGGCGGCAUGGCCCAGUGGCUGCUGCAGGAGGAGCUCCGCAGGAAGAGGAGCGUUAAAGAGCAGAAGAUGCAGGCCGUCUCCGAGCUGGAGGCAGAGAGGAGGAAUAUCCUCAACGCCAUGAAAUACAGAAACCCAGAGCGAGUGGUGAACAGCGGCGUGGGCGAGGCCUCGUGGAGCCGGGACUCUGUGAAGAGGGCGGGGCAGCCGCUGUCGCAGGCAGAGAGCGAGAGGCAGCUCAUCCUGCAGGAGAUGAAGAAGAAGACUGCCCUGCUGACGGACAACAGCUGGAUCCGCCAACGCAGUGCCAGCGCCAACAAGGAUCCCAGCAACCCCGCUGCCAUGAGGAGGGGGGAGUCCCUGGAUAACCUGGACUCCUGGUCGGUCGGCCCCACCUCGUACACCGGCCUCGUCCCUCCCCGCAGCUACACGCGUUCCUCCACCCUGCCCAACUCCUCUUCCUCCUCUUCCGCCUCCGCCCUGCCCACCUCUUCAUCCCUGAGGCAGAGCCCCUGGACCCAGAACUCCCAGAACCCCCCCACCGCCCCCAACCGGAACCCUCCCUCCGCCCUGAACCAGGACCCCACCUCCGAACCCAACUCCUCCUCUCUCCAGCGCAACAGGUCCGUCAGCGGGAAGAAGAUGUGCACCUUCUGCUCCAACCCUCUGGGGAAAGGAGCCGCCAUGAUCAUAGAGUCCCUGGGGCUGUGCUACCAUCUGGGCUGCUUCAAGUGCAUCGGCUGUAAGUCGGACCUGGGGGGGUCGCAGGUCGGAGCCGAGGUCAGGAUACGGAACCGACAGCUGUACUGCAACUCCUGCUACAUCCGCUGCCAAAGCGGACCGACCGCCACCAUGUGACCCGCGGAACGAGGAAGAAGCCAAACGCUAACCGCCAUCUCCGCCAACGUCGCCGGUGUGCCUUCCAGAAAUGGAUACUCUGUGUAAUGAAGGUUCUACAACUCUGCAGGUCCUGAUUUGUAUUUUCUCCACUGUCCAUUCAAUAGGGUGACAUUCAAUAGGGUUUAUAUAAAAAUGUUUAUAUGAGAAUAUUGCAAUUUUUUUUCUGUACAGAAUUUAAGGGAUGUGCCUUGAUCCGUUUGCCAAGGAUGUUUUAUUAGAAGUGAUGCACACAUAUCUAUUUUUCUUGUUGAGAAAUAUUUUCUGGGGACUUCCAGCUGGUAUGACAGAUUUCAGAGUAGCACUGUUAGAUUGUUCAUAUUAAAGUAUUUGAAUGCUAUUUUAUCAUUUCCUUUUCCCUGAGGCCUCUAAUGUCAAUCUUUUUUCCUGAUAAAGCUUGUUUGUCUUCUAAUAUAUUUCUUUGUUAUAGUCUAACGGAAAAAAAGUGCCUUUCUGUGAUGGUGAAAGUUAAUUAUGAUGAUAUACGUUAAAAUAUAUAUUUAAAGCUGAUAUGAAUGGUUAGAAAGCACUUAUUUCUUUUUCAUCGAGGUAAUUAAUUUGAUGUAUUUUGGGAGCAAAAAAGUUUUUUUUUUUGCGAAGGAACUUGUUUAUGCCACGGAAAGAGAAGGCGACAUCUUGUAUGGAACUGAAGCAAAUUGGGCUUUGUUUGUUAAUGUUUUUGUAAAUAAAAAUUAUCAAAUCUG